CUCAGUCGGCGAGAGGCCGUUGGCGCGUGUGGAGCUGCUGCCCCCUGCGGCCGGCGCCGCGCCACCUCCGCUUCCCUCCCCGCCCUCCCGCCGCCGGUACUCGCUAUGGAGUAAGGCCCCCCCCGCGCUCGGCCGGACGGAGGGGGCCUCCGCCGCGCCUCGAUGGCUCUGGUCACGGUGCAGCGCUCGCCUACCCCCAGCGCCACCUCCAGCCCCUGCGCCUCGGAGGCAGACAGUGGGGAAGAAGAAUGCCGGUCCCAGCCCAGAAGCAUAAGCGAAAGCUUCCUCACUGUGAAAGGUGCAGCGCUCUUCCUGCCACGAGGAAAUGGGUCGUCUACUCCCAGGAUCAGUCACAGGCGUAACAAGCAUGCAGGGGAUCUCCAGCAACACCUGCAGGCCAUGUUCAUACUGCUCCGCCCAGAAGACAACAUCAGACUGGCUGUAAGACUGGAAAGUACCUACCAGAACCGCACUAGGUACAUGGUGGUAGUGUCCACCAACGGCAGGCAAGACACCGAAGAGAGCAUUGUCCUAGGAAUGGAUUUCUCUUCCAAUGACAGUAGCACUUGUACAAUGGGCUUGGUGCUGCCGCUGUGGAGUGACACCUUGAUCCACCUGGACGGGGAUGGAGGGUUCAGCGUAUCAACAGAUAACAGGGUUCAUAUAUUCAAGCCAGUGUCUGUACAGGCAAUGUGGUCUGCUCUGCAGAGUUUACAUAAGGCUUGUGAGGUGGCACGGAGCAACAAUUACUACCCAGGGAGCCUCUUCCUCACGUGGGUCAGUUACUAUGAGAGCCAUAUCAACUCCGACCAGUCAUCAGUCAAUGAGUGGAACGCCAUGCAAGAUGUCCAGUCCCACAGGCCUGACUCACCCGCCCUCUUCACAGACGUCCCAACUGAGCGGGAACGCACAGAACGGCUAAUUAAGACCAAGUUAAGGGAGAUCAUGAUGCAGAAGGAUUUGGAGAACAUCACGUCAAAAGAGAUACGCACUGAGCUGGAGAUGCAGAUGGUGUGUAACCUGCGGGAGUUCAAAGAGUUCAUUGACAAUGAAAUGAUAGUGAUCCUUGGGCAGAUGGACAGCCCCACGCAGAUAUUUGAUCAUGUCUUUUUGGGCUCGGAAUGGAAUGCCUCCAAUUUGGAAGACUUGCAGAACAGAGGGGUGCGGUAUAUUUUGAAUGUGACUCGAGAAAUAGAUAACUUCUUCCCUGGGCUCUUUGAAUACCAUAAUAUUCGGGUAUACGAUGAAGAAGCAACAGAUCUUCUGGCUUAUUGGAAUGACACGUACAAAUUCAUCUCCAAGGCAAAGAAAAAUGGUUCUAAGUGCCUGGUGCACUGCAAGAUGGGAGUGAGCCGCUCGGCGUCCACGGUGAUUGCCUACGCCAUGAAGGAGUAUGGCUGGAACCUGGACAGGGCUUACGACUACGUGAAGGAACGGCGCACCGUCACCAAGCCCAACCCCAGCUUUAUGCGGCAGCUGGAGGAAUACCAAGGGAUCCUGCUGGCCAGCAAACAGCGGCAUAAUAAACUGUGGCGCUCGCACUCAGACAGUGACCUCUCGGACCAUCAUGAGCCCAUCUGCAAAUCUGGGCUGGAGUUGAACAAAAAGGAGAUCACCACCUCAGCCGACCAGAUCUCAGAGGCGAAGACCAACGACAACCAGCAGCCGAUGUCUCCUAUCUACUCAGCUGAGCUAGACAGGGAGCAGCAGCUCCCAGGGGAUGCGAACAUGAUCGAGGAGGAGAUGUGUGUGAAGGAGAGAAGGAUCCACCUAGAGUUUACAUGUCGAGACUUCCACGCUGAGCAGAUGGAGGACAAGCUGAACCUGAACAAUAUCAAUGGCUGUACGGCAGGUUGUUGUGUAGACUCUGUGCCCCCUGAUAACUGCCAUGCUUCUGAGGCCUUAAUGCAGCUCCAGCACCCCUUGGAAAUAACAGAGUUUCCUGAUUUGACAGUGGACGAUCUAGAAAAAGAUGCCCUUAAGCUUGAUAUGAACGUGCACUUGGUUCCCAUGGAAGAAUUCACUUCGUGCUUAAAAGACUUUCCCCAAUCCCCAAACCAAAAUUCCCAGAGUCUCCAACAGAAUCCCCAGCCCGAAGUGACUGACCUCAGUACAGACAGGAUUGAUUUCUUCAGUGCUUUGGAGAAAUUCGUGGAGCUUUCCCAGGAGAGCCGGUCGCGCACCUGCUCCCAUUCCAGGACGGAAGAGCAAGGGAGUGGAAGGAACGGGGUCUCCAGGGUGCCCGUGCUGGAAGUGCCGCCUGCUGCGGAUGAGGGUGCAGAUGCUCAAAGGAACAGCUCUGGAAACUCUCCUCAGGCAUCGGAUGACUCUUCCACAGAUGAAGAACAACAAAAGGAGGUCCCCGAGCUGCCUAGCACAGGCCAUCUCACAAGAUCCCACUCGGAAAAUGCCAUUUCUGUGAAGGAAAUUAUCACAGAGAUCGAGUCAAUCAACCAGGGAGUAGGAGCUGCCCAGCAGAAAGAGGGUUCAGUCAACCUCACCCAGACGCCAAAGAGGAACACGGUGCACGACCUGGCAGUGGAGGCAAUUUGGGCAUCAGAAAGGGUGGAACAGAGCGAAGGAGCCUGUGGACACCAGGAAAAGGAGAAGGACCCUCUGCAAGCUGAGCAAGAAGCUGCCCCCUCCUUGCAGCUGUCUUCUGGUAAAUCAGACCUGGAGGAAAGCAGCCCUGGGGGCGAGCAGCAAGAGCCUCAUGGCUCCAUCAAUCCUGAGCCCAAGUGGUGCCCUGGUUCCGUCCGGCGAGCCACCCUGGAGUUCGAGGAGCGCUUGAGACAGGAGCAGGAGCACCAGCACGCAUCCCCGGUCUGCAUCUUACCGACCCGCAAGAACUCCAGGAAUGAUUCUCCUGCUGCCGAGCUCCUGCCGCGGGGGAAAAACGAGGAGCCACCCCUGGAGCUGGCUCUGGAGGGUGACAAGGCACGGGGUCCAGGUGCUGAGGAGCUGCUGCUGCCUCCUGGGGCAGAGCUGCCUGCAGGCAGACACUUGCCUGCACCCCUCACCUCCCCUGCGCAGGAGUCCCUGCCUGCAGAGCCCAGCCCAGGGCAGGAGGGAACGGAUCAAGAACGCAGGACACUGGUCUCAUAUGAUGGGAUGGAGGAGCCACCCCUGUCCUCUGUUGUCCCAAAAAGAAUUGAAAUCGUCGAAUACGCUGCCACGGUCAAGUCUGCAGAGCGCCCCGACGCAAGCUGUGAGCAGGGCAGGCUGCCUGCGGCCGUCCCGUCUUUAGAUGAAAACUUGAACCCUUCGUUGUGCUCCGAGAAGGCACCGACCUGUCUCAGAGCUCUGACACUGGUGACCUCCACACCUUCGGCCAGCCUAGAACGCCCUUCUUACCCCUGGGUAAUUCACCUGGAAGGCGUCACUGAGCAGAGCACAGGUACAGACGAUGAGCCGGUCACGUCAUGUGGCAUUGAGGGAGAUGCGACUCUCCCAUUCAGGGACAGUCCCAAGCCUCUCUGCAGGGGGGGUGCCGGCACCUCGAGGCAGCUGAGCGGCGAGGACUUCACGAGCCAACGCGCUGAAAACAUGGACCUUCUGGACAUCUCUUUCCUGUGUUACGGCCUCCCCCACAGCUCCAGCAGCCACAGCGUGGAGGAGCGCAGCAACAGCCCCGGGCUGGUCAAGCAGCGAGCGAAGGAAAUAGAGGCUCGGAUCCGGCACGCGGGGCUCACCACGCCCUCCCACAUGAAACGCUCGGCAUCCUUGGCCAAACUGGACUGCCUGGACCUCUCCAAGGACGACUUAUCCGAGAGGCAGUCGGCCUCUUCUGAUGCCAACCCGGUGCUUCUCACCUGCGUUGCCCUCGGUCGAGGCCUUCGCAGAGGGAGUUUGGAGAGGGACUCGGAAAGCACGUGUGGAAAGCAUCACCUUUCCUCCCCUGAGCCCGCUAAGCAUUUUGUGGAACAGCUCAGAACAGCCGAGUGCAUUGCUCAGAGCAAGCCAGUGGAGAGGCCGCUAGCUCAGUACGCCAAAGAGUGCGGCUCCAGCCAGCAGAAUUUGUUUUCCAGCGCAGAUCCAACGUGGACUAGCUCCGAGGAGGGUCCUCCGCUGCUCCAGGUGCAGGUCCUGGACUCCUUGUCUCCAGCUCAAGGUCUGGCUGUCGCACCUCGGCAGCAGCACGGGAGAACUCACCCUCUGAGGAGGCUCAAAAAGACCAAUGAUAAAAAGCGGACAACCAAUCCCCUCUACAAUACUAUGUGAUCCUGAGCCCUCGGCUGUGAUUUCUUACCGAGAACCCAUGGUGUUGCGUUCACGCAAGGGGCAGGUGUAAUAUAAGGAACAUGCACUUUAUUGGUUAAUUUUAUAUAUAUUGUCAUUUUACUGUUCCUGGCGCAUGUAGGUGUGGGUUGGUUCUUCUGUGUGUGACUCUGACUGCAGGACUGUUUGGGUUUUUUUAAGUUUUUUAACUCAGAUAACCUCAAAUGUUCUUUUUUUUUUUUUUUUGUUAGUUUGUUUUAAAAGAACACCUUUAUCCUGCAAAAAUUGAUGUUGGCUUGCUUUGGCAAGGUGGAGUUUUGCUUAGAACCAGAUCCUAGUUCCUAACUUGAAUUUUCCCCAUGCCUUGAAAUGGUGCUGGGCAGUUGUUGGGGUGAGAGCCCCCAUAAAUGUGAAGGCUGUGCCAAGGUCCCCUUUGUUUGGCCUUUCUUUUCUGCAAACUGGAACUCCACAAUGCUGGCAGAUCACUCACAAAGCUGCUUCAGGACAAACUCCCGAGGCUCAGUUCAGCUGGUGCAUCCCCAAAAGGAGCACACGGGUAAAUAUUCCCGAUGGAUGGGCUCUGAAAACCGCAGGCAGCCUGGCACCGAGAUCAGCGCUCACCUCCUGCUGGGGGUCAUGCAGAGCCCCCCAUUUUGUGGUGAGGUGGAGCAGAGUUCCUCCACGAGCUGCCAAGCUCACCUCUCCUCGGCUGCCCCAGACCAGCGGGUGAGAGGAGGAGAGCCCCCAAAGCCAGAGUGUUCUUUUAAAACAAACGCCUCGUUAGGGUUUUAACCCUCCCGUUACUUGAAUACUGCUGUGGGCCUAUCCAAGUUCAUGGCCAUAUCAUCUGUCCUCUACCCUCCUGCUGCCUCUCCUCCACCCGAAAGCUGUUCUUGUCUCGUGCUGCCUGAGUUUUCUUCUCCCCUCUGCCAUGCUCACAGGCACUUCUGAUCGCUCCCAAACCUAGAGGCUGUUACAAUUGUUACAUGACAUAUUGCCCCUACUGAAUGCAAAGCUUUGUCCGCACUGCUGUCACUCCUAACACUUGGCCCGGAGGGAAGAUCUUUUCUGGAAGUUUUUUCCUUUUUUUCUUUUUUUUUUUCCUAAAUUGUAUAUAUGGUAUUUAUAUAGAUUUUUUUUUUUUCCUUGUUCCUACUUUUUUUUUUUUUUAAAAAAAGGGCAAGACUGCAUUCUGUAAACUGGAAAACAAAACCACCUUACUCAAACUCAGUGCUGUUCAUUGUAAUCUGCACAGAAAUGGGAGUGGAUUUGACAUUGUAAGCUGUCUUCCCUUUCCAAAAGUGAGCCUCGAUGCCAGCCUUUGCCAAAUGUGUCCCUUCUCCUCCAGUCCUGCGUGAAACCCCUGUUACCCCACUGUGGGAGGAGGACUGCCUAUCUGCCCGUUUCCUUCCCGCUUGAAGCUGGAUUUCAGAAGUGCCAGUCAGACGUGGAAAGCCGUCAGCCGCUCUGAGCCAUUCUGCAGGUUCUUACUUCCCCAGAGAACCUGCAUUUGAAGGGUCUGCUCUAAAUUUCAGCAAAUUAUUUUCUGGUUCCCGAGCAGUUCAGCUAAAUCAAAGCUCCUCGUUUCCAGCCGUGCAUAUCAGCAAAUUGUAUGUGUGCUGUAGGAGUGGAGAGAAAGGCACUUGGCCGUGGCAGGAGAGCUUUGGGUCCUGUCUGCAGUCCCGUGGCAGAAGAGCACGUCUGAGCUGGUGCUUGGCUCUGGCCCAGACCUGCCCUCUGGGGAGGAGCGAAGGAGAGAGAAGAUGCAGAAUGGCUCCAGCUGCUGAAAGCCCAGCAUGGAGAGGACACAGGACACGGGGUGGGAGGAGCAGUAGACAAGGCCAUGCUUAGAAAGCAGCACUGAUGCUGCGGAGCCUUGCAGGCUCCAAUGGGACAAGCUUAUCUUGAGCCGGAGAGGAGUGCACAGCACCGGAGCGCUGUGGAGUAUUGGGAAGCAGCAGGCGUCUGCCCUGGGGAAGGGGUGUCCGUAACCCCCCAGCUUGCCCGCAGCCAGCAGCAGAGGUUAGCCUAGCAGUUUGCAAGGUAACGUGAGCCUGGGGAGGAAUCCCGCCUUGCUGUCCUCCUAUAGAUCCCAGGGAUCUUCCCGUGCUGCCUUGCAGAGCCCAUACUUGCAGCUUGCGUGCCCGCAGCCUGGGCAUGGGGCUGUCAGCGUGUCUGACCUUCUCCAGCAGCAAUGUGCGCUUCGUCUCUCCCUUUCCGAGGAGCUUGAGCUCUGCUAGAGGGGGGUUGUCACCCGUGCUAGCUGCACGCUGGAACGCAGCCCGAAGUAGCCCAGCAGGGCCCUGUCCUGGGUCAGAUAGCACAUCAUCCCAGGCCAUUUCAGUCACUAGAAGUCAUGCAAGUCCCUGGCCCAGGAGGCCAGAUACUUCUUUGGGACGCUGAAAGACAUUUGGCUUCUCCUAGCCCGCUCCAGCUGGCUUCGGAGCUGGGCAGGCAGUGUAGAAAGGCCAAGUGGCUCGUGUCAUUUUGUGAAGGGCAAUUUCAGUCCUUGCCUCCCCCACAAACCUCACCAGCCCCUGCUGCCUACCGUUCCUGACCCCAAGGACGUAUCUGCCUGCCCCUCCGCAGGCGGAAGGGAUGGGGUGCCACCGAGCCUGCCCUGUGGUGGAGGGAGCAUGCUUGGCUGGUAGCGUGUCCUGGUGACAAGGAUCUGCCUGGGACGGGAAAGCCCCGUGUAUAAUUUGUUCCCUUGAGAAAGAGAGGAGGAACAGGACGGGAAUUGGGUUUCUUUGCCCAGCUUCAUCUCAGGAGAAAUGCCCUGUAGGAAGGCUCUGCCAUGCAGACCAGAAUUGCUGCUUCCUUCCAAUACUCUGCUGCUGUCUGGGUGCUUCAGCUGGAGAGAGCAGCAAAGGGGCAAAGGCCCUUGCAGGGAGGUUGCUUCGCUGUCCCCUUGUCCUCGGCUCUGGCCCAGCACAACUGUGGUUUUUCUCUGGGAAGCAUGUGGACAGAUGGAGGGAGUCAGGGAAGGUGGUUUUCUUACAGAGUUAUGAAGGCCUUGGAGGUCUGGAGGCUCUGACCUGGAUGGCAGAAAGGGGAACGGGCUGGAGGAGCAUGUUGUGUGCAGCUCUCUGGGGGUCCUGGGUCCUCCCCGGCCAGUGUCUGGGCAACGAAGCCACCAAGCCCCUGGCAUCAGAGGUCUCUGCCUGGAGGCGGUUGUCCCUUCUCCAUGCUGGUGACUCAUGGGUGGGUGGUGGCUCGCUCCUGGUCCCCGUGGCCACCCCACGAGAGCUUCUUGUGACCCGCUGAGCACCACGGGGAGCAGCAUCUUCCCCGGACAGGAAGGAGCGGCACCUCCAGAGCGCAUGGCAGCUGACAAGCCUCGCUGAUGGGGGAGGGUUUAGGCGAAACCUGUUGUUUUAAGGGCAUUUUUGUACAAAGCAACUGUUCUUUUGGUCUCUUGCAAAGCCCUCUUGGAGGACGCUUUAUUGUUUACAUUGACUCCUGUACAAUAUCUCAGCCAUCACCUCCCCCCUUGCCCGCCCCAUCUCCGGCUGUACUGUAAUGUGUGAGCCUUGCACAAACGGAUAGCGUGUGCGUGAAACUGGUUUUUACACUGCGUUCUGUUGCACUCGAUGGUGUGUGUGCGUGUGUGCGUGUGUCCGGUCUGCUUGAGAAGUUGUGACAUGUACAAAUUUCUCCCCUUUCGGCCCUUUUCUGGGGGUACGGUCCCAGCGGGUGGCAGGGGGGUCAGGAGGUGACGCCGUUUAUGGCUCACUUGGGUGUCAAAGGGGCCAGGGAUUAGCUCCCUGUCCCUCUACCAGCAAAGGCCUGGUGGAAGGUAACCCACCCCAGCUCCGGCUGCUGCCGGCGACCUCCUGGGAGGAGCGAGCCGCUGGGAAUCGGCAUGGGCACCGGGGCACUGCGUCUGCCCGGGGGCUCAGAGAGCCCCGCAGCUCUCCCAGCCCGGUGGCAGAUGGAAGCCAUACCCACCGCAGGUCCCCCGCUCCCGUCACGGUGUGUCCUGCCUUAAUCUGGUCCUAGCUCCACGCAAACCCCCACGCUUCUCCCUAAGGGGGGGACCCCCCCCGAGCCCUUGCUGGCGUGAGGCAGAGGCAGGCGCUGGCCUGGCGCAGGAGGGGUCCAGGCUGGGCAGAGGGCUCUCGGUUGCCCUCCGGUAGCGUUGCGAGAGGUGCUAACAGCCUGCCCGUGCUGCAGACAUCUCUGUUGGCACAAAAGCAGGUGCCAGUGCCUUUUCUUUUCCUUUAUGGAGAUGUGAUGUCCGUGCGCUGGUUUGUAGGGAUCGCUCCAGGGUCGGGCAGUCCAGUCGCACCGUGUGCUGGAGCAUGAGCCCUCGGGGGCGGCUGGUGGUGGAGUUGCAAACAGGGGAGGGGAGCGCUUCUGUCUGCCCCUCCUGGAUCUUCCUUGGUGGCUGGGAUUGUCCCCUUUCCCCCUAAAGACUUUAUGAACUGAUGUGCUCAGCUGUUUUUAAAUGUGAACUUGUGCACUGAUGUGCAGAUUCAAUGUUCUUGUUACCGAAUGAAUAAAGUUUUAUUUUGAAGAUGA